UUCUUUUAAAAGCACAUCACCAACUUAAGUCAAAAUUGGUAGAGGAGCUAUUUCUGUGGCUUGAAGAUCUCUGCAUUUUUGUUUAAUCACCAGGGUAUAUAUCAAACAGCAAGAUGUCCAGCAAUGUCCCGGCUGAUAUGAUAAAUUUGCGACUCAUCUUAGUCAGUGGGAAAACAAAAGAAUUCCUGUUUUCGCCUAAUGAUUCAGCAGCAGAUAUUGCAAAGCAUGUAUAUGACAACUGGCCAAUGGACUGGGAAGAAGAACAGGUUAGCAGUCCAAAUAUUCUUCGACUUAUUUAUCAAGGACGAUUUCUACAUGGAAAUGUGACACUAGGAGCAUUAAAACUUCCUUUUGGCAAAACAACAGUUAUGCAUUUGGUGGCUAGAGAAACAUUGCCAGAACCAAAUUCUCAAGGUCAGAGGAACCGUGAAAAGACUGGAGAAAGCAAUUGUUGUGUAAUCCUGUAAACACUGAUGUUUCUUCUAAGUGUGGUGUAAUAUAAAUCUUUGUCUUUCAUGCUGCUGGGAUAGAAGAGAUCCGACAUUGCUUCAGACAUGCUUAGGAAGAGACUGUCUGUAAAUCCAUGGAACUGAAAUAUUACAUGAACACUGUUUCAUUCUCUUGCAAAAAGAGAUUCAAGAACAUUUUCACUAUGAUUUUUUAUUUUUAGUUAUUUUUGUUUAUGUUGAGCAAUCUUAUGAUUCAUUGGUUUUUGAAUACAGUCAAUCCAGGAAAAAAAAAAGUUAAUGUUAUCUUCCAUAGCAAAAACCAUUUUGCUGCCAUAAUAAUCUUUAUCCAUAGAAUUAAUAAAUCAAGCGUUCCAAAUGCAAUUUGCACUAAAAAUGGUUGACAUAAUUUCAUUCUUCUCAUCAAAGAAUUUGUAACUAUGUCCAUGAUACCUAGAAAUAAUCAAAUUCCAUACUGGAAAACACUCAGCAAUUAAUAAUGUUCACUAAUGGUCAAUUAAAAAAAAAACAAAAACCCAGAGAAGGGACAGGAGAAAAAUGGAAAAGAAACUAAACUCUUCAGUGAAUUCUACCAAAGUUAACCUUGGUGGUGACACUGGAAUAGGAUACUAACUAAACUGAGUGUGACUAUUUUAACUGCAACAAAUGAAAAAACAAAAUGUGCCUGUUAUUUAAAGCACUCUGUAGAGGGCUGUUUAAACUAAUUGUUUUCAUUAUGAUGUGCACUCUUUGGUCAUACAGUAGUUGAGUGCUUGUUCAUACAGCACAAAUAGGGCAAAGAGUGUGUUUCCUAGCCUUAAUAUGGGAGGGGUAAUUUCCUGUAGUCCAUAGGCUUUUAUUAUUGUGCAUAACUAUUAGAAAACCUCAUCUACUGAUCAAUUUUAUGUAUUUGAAUAUCAGCAAAUUGAUGUUUUUUUUUCCAGUAAUCUCUUCUCAUCUGUACCUUAGUGUCCAAUGUCAUGCUUACUCAUUAGACAUUUCAAACAAAUUCUUAAUAUUUAAAAAAAAACAUCUUUGCCAUAGUACUAGUUUUGUUUAUAUAAUCUGCAUUUGGUAUUAGUGCUUGCAAUUGUAUUAAAAUCAAAAGCUGAUUUUUAAGGCAUACAUGGUUUAAAAUGAUACCAUUCUUUUAUUUCAUACCAAUAAUUUAAAAGUUGAUAUGCUCAAGAAAUUUGCACAGCACUAAAGCAUGAGCUAGUUUCAUCUAAAACUGUAAAAAUAAAAAAGAUUUUAUAUUUUUUCACUAGGAAGAAGUUUCUUCCUGGGUGAAAUUACAAAUAUGUGUAGAAUAUAUUUAAUAAAAAUCUUCUAAAAUACUUAACUAUAGAAAUUAAAUAUAGAUUGGCGUGUAGUAUAAUAGAACAAUAUUCCUUAUAAAUAGCUUUAGCCUUCAGAGAAAUUAAAGUCAGAGGCUGACAUUGUGUUCUGUAUUUAUAAGUGUCCACAGCCCUUAAACAUUACAUGUAAACGUUUCCAGAUGGUCAACAUCAUUUAAAUGUAAUCAGGUUAUUUUAUUCAUUGUUAUUGCUUUGAUGAAAAGGCUUUAUAUGCAGUAGAUCUAAAAAAUAUUGUUCAUACUGAUCAGAAUUAAAUUUGUAUAGAGCAGAGUUUUAAAACAAAUUGUAAAUAGUACUAAACAUUUUCUUUCUGCAACCUGUACUGAUAAAUCCUUCUGUAAACUAAAUAAAAGAAUAUUGUAGUGCAUUUGGGUGGUAAUUUUAGAGGUCCUUGAUUAGAUCAAUAAUUGUUUAAGUAUUUCUCAUCAUGGUUAAAACUAUAUUUUCUGUUGGCAUUUUUUCUGAAUCUUGUUUUUUUUUUUAAAUUACUUAAUAUAAUAUUUAGUUUGUGAUGUGUUUCCAAAUGUAUUUCUUUGGUAUUUAACUGGAUUUAUUUCUGCACAGUCACUACAAUGAGAGUAAGGUUAUGUAGUCUGUGCCCUUAUUAAAAAUAUUCUGUUCUUAGAAAUUAAA